UCAGUUGUUAGAGUGCUCACUUAGACUGUCGUGGGUUUGAAUCCCACCUAGCUUCUUUUAUUUGAAAAGAAAGAGCUGUUCUGGGUGUAGUUGACUUGUUUGCCUUGCGUUGCCUUUCUACCUCGUUACCAAGUUGUUGAGACAUACAGGAUAAUAGCAUUGUUGAGCUUUAGACUACAUAGCUGCAACCUACGGUCGUUGUAAGGCGCAUGCGUAUAACUACUGUGCUGCACGCGCAUGCGCACAUUGAGUCACCGAAGGGGGGCGGGGAGAGGCGUGGUGUGGUGCAUGGUGCUGUGCUGACGACAAUGGCCUUUCAAGGAGACGUAAAAAACCGCCGUAACAUUCUUCAAGGCCUCCAACAAACCAAGUCUCGGCUACAAAGACUGCUCAGUGAUAGUCCUUCAAGUGGUAGUGGGCGAUCAUCUCUGUACCCAUCCUCCCACCAACGAGGCUCUCCAGCUCCAGUUCCUGGCCUGCAGAGCUCUGGAGUCAGAGCAGCUCUAACCCCUGGCUCGAGGUUGACUUAUUCUUCACCGUCUCCCAGUGACUUUGUGCUUCAGCAACAGCAGCAAAAGGUGUUACUACAGCAGGUCUCCUCUCAGUCUUUCUCAUUCUUCAUCUCUCAACCCUCAAUCCACGGUAACACUGUCAUGCCAGUGCUUCCCAGAUUUGACUCCAAUGGACAGUUAGAUUCAUCGUAAUGACUACAAAUCAGCUAUAGGCAUUAUGAACAAUCACAAAAACAAUACAAUCUAUGUCAGAUAAUAAUAAUGUUAGCAUUUUUACAAUAGUAUUGCACGGAUAGUAGUGAGAAACGUUAUGAGUGCAAGGGGCAUGUGUGGUCUUGGUGCACCAGAAAAAGCAAGGGUGAGAAGGGAAUUGCUGCAUUGAGGCAACUCGUCCACGUGGCAAAGCUUCCAGAGCUCGUGGGACGCCACUCCAAGCCGGUCCAUUCCAUAGGUUGAGGUGUUAAAGAGGGAAUUAACACAGCAGCCGAGAUCUUUCUGCAGUUGCUCCAGGGAUGUAUAGCAGGACUUAGAGCACUUGCCAGUGGUGAUAGCAGUGUAGCAGUCAGUGGCAGCUUGUGAUCCGUCAUUUAUGUGACGAGCUGCCAGACAGAAGUCCCCAGUGACAGCGUUCUGGUCACAAGCGUGAAGGAGAGGGUCAGUGUACUGUGGGACCUCACACUCCUGGGCAAAAGUCAUGAUCUGGUCUGUACACUGGUGACUGCACAACUGGGAGUACAGGUCCUGGUACACGAUGGGGUUGUCUGUGUCACUCUCAGAUGCUUCCUUGAGGCUGUUGAAGGCAGAGUAACACUGGUUUGGGUAGUCAACAAAGAUGCCUUGUGUCUGAUCCUGGGAACACUUUCCGAAGUACUGGAUGCCUUGUCUCUUGAAAUGAUGAAUGAAUUCUGGAGGGGAUCCUGCUGCCAGUCCAGCAGUCACAGACACAAGUAAAACUUCUAGGAACUUCAUUUCUACACCCCUCAAAAUGUUUCUCUGCUUUAUCGGCUAGUGUUCCUCUUGCUUUUAUAGGCUAGGCUGAGUCUGUGGUUGUGUGGCAUUCUGUACUUGCGCAAGAAGAGCAUAAGAGGGUAUUGUUUGUCGCGACACCUUUGAUGUCUUGGAUAUGUAUAUACUUCUUUGAACGUGGGCCCCAUUAUAUUGGCGUG